UGUCUUCUAGCCCUAAAAGUGACUUUCAUUUCAUUCACUUGCAAAAAAAGGAAGAGUAAAGUGAGUUGGGAAGAAAAACAAGGGUGCAUAGAAGAAAAACCAGCAAGGAGGAAGCUCAAGUUUUCUUCAAUUUGUCACAUUGGAGCUGCAUUGUGUUUCGAUUUGGUGCAUCAAGAGUUGGAUAGGAAGAGUUUGCAGCUCAUUUCAAGCUUGUUGUAAGAGCAAACUUCACUUUAUUAUUUGCCUCAACUUCAACUUUCACAAAACUAUCCUAAAAUGUCUACUUCAGCUUCUAGACCCCCCAUGAGAAAGGACCUUGCUUGGAAAUAUCAUGAGGAUUUUCCAGGGCAAGGAAAGGGGCAAACAAAAUGUAUGUUUUGCAAAACAAUAUUCCAUAGAGGUAUAUAUAGGCUGAAAUACCAUAUUGUUGGUGUGCGUGGACAUGAUGCCGAACCAUGCCUAAAAGCAGUCUCUGAGGCCGUACGUGAUUGUUAUGUAAUGGUUGAGGAGAUUGAAAGAAAAAAGAAACAAAAGGAGGAUCGAGCGGCCAUUGGGAGAGAGACAGUUUUAGGAAGAGGGACACAGUUAGGUUGUGUUGGAGGCCCUUCUUCCUUACCUCCAUAUCGUCCCACUCAGUUUGCUAUUGCUGGUGCUUCCGUUUCUGCUUCUGCUUCUAUAAGUGGCAGUGCCACCGCCACUUCUCAUGCUCCUACCACUAGUAGUUGUAGUGGGAAUGUUACCAUUGGACCUAGGAUUCGUAAAUCUAGGUUGGAUUCCUUCUUUGUGCCUCGCACUACUCCUGGGUCCCAACCGUUGCUUGAGGGCAUGAGUUGGAACAAGGAGGUCCAUGAUGCUGCUAAAAUGGCAAUUGGUAGGUUUUGGAGCUACAACUGUAUUCCAUUCUUUGUAGCCAGGUGAAUGUUUUACUAACUUUUAUGUUUGAUAACUUUGAUUGUUUUAAUUUUUAUACUUAACUUAUCUCAUUGAAUUUUUAUACUUAACUUAUCUCAUUGAGUUUCUU